ACGUGACUUAAAAUGGUCGUAGCUGCGCGAUAAUAGAAGCAAUUUGUUUCAUGAAGAUAGGAUUAUUUAAAGAUCGUUACUCUGUUUCAUAAGCGAGGUAAUCCUGGCACUGGCUAAUAUAGAGAGACCCGGUGCAGAACCCGGUGGUAUGCUGCACGAUACCCCGGUCUCACCGGCAUUCAAUAACGCCAACGGUGAAAUGAAAACCGAACUUGGGGAUGAAUCAAAUGGUAUGCAUAUCAAAACCGAGACUGGUCCAGCAGCACCAAACGUGAAGGAUGAAGUUAACGGUGAACAGCAACAACAACCCCAGCAGCAACACGGCGCCACUCCUGUACAGACGCCCGCCAACGGUUUUCCUGCAGCGUCACCGGCUGAUUUUAUGCAGCAUCAGAGCCAAAUUUAUGUCUUCUCGACUGAAUGGGCUAACAAGGCUGCGGACAGUGUGGAAUCCGGUAUAUACAAGAGUAUUAUCGCCUACCAUUACGAUCAACCGGAAACCAAGAGUAUGAUACAGAAAAUGCCUAAUCUAAAACCUCCCACUGGAUUAAACAUGCCGACCUCUAGUAGUAGCAAUCUUCAAGCAAUGUCAGCCCAGCCAGGACCAUCGCCGUCACCAUCGAGCAUGCAAAUGCACAUGGCCUCAAACUAUAUGACUACGAACAUUCAUCAGUCCAAGGUUCCUAACGAAAACCUUACGCCCGAACAACGGGCUCGUCGAGAAGAACAGUUGGCCAGUUUGAGAAAUUUGCAGAAGAUGCUCUUUCCUGAGCAGCAACAGCAGCAUCCAAAUCAUCCAGCUAUGAUGCAACAACAUGGAAUGAUGGCACCCUCAUCUGGGCCAAUGCCUUUUAACCCUGGUGGUCCACCUCAUUUGCCAAUGCAGAGACCUAUGAGCUGGGAACAUAUGAAUCCUGCCCAAAGAGAGUGGCACAAGCUACAGCAGGACUACUAUAUUGAUAAGUUUAAACGCGGUCCCGGACCACCACCACCUGGGCCUCAUGGACAGUUUCCGAUGAGACCUAUGUCACCGCAAAUGCAGCCCAUGCCAUUAUCGCCAUCCGGAAUGCCUCCGGCACCCCCUAACGGCCAGUUUCCGCCGAUGAGACCCAUGUCGCCGGCAUCUCAGAUGCAGCCGCCUCCUGCUGGUAUGUCGAUGCCCUCUCCAGCAGAUAUGCCCCCAAAUCCACCUAACGGACCUGGCAUGCCUCCGUCGAACAAUCCUUCGCCUGUCUAUUCUUCUGGUCCACCAACCAGCCUCAUGGGACCUCCAUCAAUGCCUAACAGUAUGCCUGAUGGUAUGAUGAUGCCUGGAGAGAUGAUGCCCCACUUGCCGCCCUCAUCAAAUGACUACGGAGUUUUUCAGAGGGCCGGACCUCCUGAUCAAUUGAAACCAUCCGAUCUUCAACCAGCCCCAGAAGCUAAACCUCCUCCUAGUUAUGCCGCGGCCGCUGCUAAUGAACCUCCUGUAAAUUCCGGUGGCACAAAAAGAAAGAGAACAGCAGCAGCUGCUGAAUUGGACGAAAAUCACCGGAAAUUACAACCGGCUCCAUCACCCAAACAAUUCUCGUAUCUCACGCAAUUCGACGGGCAGGAGCUGACAAUAACGAGACAAUUGAACUCAGCCUUUAAAGAUUCGAAUUCAGAAGAGCAACCGAGCCCUGCGCCUCCAGCCUCUCAGACGAAUUCGCCGCCGAAUACACCUCGGUCACCCAGUACGCCCAUUCCUGCACGCGCGAAUACUCCCUGUUCUACUCCCGCUCUUCAAGGCCAUCCACCAACACCAACUUACAGUAGUGUUCCGUCGGUUUCCUCAAUAACCUCUUCUUCGUCUCUCACAUAUACGUCGAACGUAAUGAGUACACCUUCGUACAGUGCUCCGUUUUUAUCCAGCGGAAAUCCAACUGUAUAUACAAACUCGGGGCCUAAAAUGACGAAUAUAACUUCUGCGUCAUUAGCUGCACUUGCAGAUUUGGCUACGAAGGCUCCGCAAUCGUGUGCCGCUCCCCAGGAACGUACAUCGACACCUCGUUCCAUGUCACCCAACGUCCUAUCUCCGGGCGUUCGUCAUAGUAAUGCUAAUGUUCACGUUCAAGCUAAAGCGCCAAAUACCAUACAAUAUUUGCCGGCUAAUCCUCCAUCCAGCCAACCGAUGCCCUCUACGCUAGCACCGCCAAUGCAGGGUCAACCACCACACCCGAUGACAGCAAUGAUGGGAGGAGGAGGCGAAGCUCUGAUGAGCACGAUGGAUUUUGACCAAGGACCGAUGAUGAUGCCACCAGGAGGGCCGCCAAUGAUGGACCCUUUUCAUCAACGUCCCCCACAUCAUCACAUGCAACCAGGACCACCAAUGUACAUGAGAGAUAUACGCGGCGGGCCUCCUCCAAGACAAGGACCCCCUCAUCCGGGACCUCCUUUGCCGCAUCAACAGCAACAGAUGCAUAUGCACCCCAUGCAUCACCCAAUGAUGCAUGGUGAACGCUUUAACGGGCCUGGGUCUAUGUUUUAUUAGUCCCUCUAUGCACAGGAGUUCCCGAUCGUGAUAUUGUAUAUAGAAUCAGUAAUUAUUUAUGGACUGUAUUUCUGUAUUUAUGAAAAGAUUGAUUAUUACUAUUCGUUCUCUCUUUUUGUACAUAAUACUGAAACCGUGCGUUCUUUUUUUUGUUACGUGUACAGCGGCAUAUCGCACCUUUUUUCGUUUUUUUUUUUAUACAAACUUAUACAUAUUUUCACACCACGUACAGUGUUGUGUAGGUUAUAUGCUUUCCUCUCUGAGAUUUUUUUCAAUAUAAAAGAAUCUGCUAUAAAAUAUUCAUUAUUUUCUGUAUCCGAUUUAUCUGCAGAACGAGAAUGCUGCUUUACAAAUUUUUUUUUUUUUUGUAAUGUCAGCGUUUCUGAACAAUUUCCAAAGCAUCAAUUGUCGGUAAUGAGAAGAAGAUGAAGAAGGGAAAAAAUUAUUACAUUGUCCCCUACUAUUCAACAAUAAAGCUUAAACGAUGGUCUGGUAGGAAAGGGGCGGGAAAAGAGUAGGAAAGAACGAGCGAAACAGAUAUAUGCGCACAGACAGAGAAAAGAAAUUAUCAAGCUUUUUUAGGUUAGUGGACAAAGAACUAGGUCAAGUAGUGAUCAAGAAAAUUAUUAAAGCUGGUUCGAUAGGAAACGCGAUACAAUCUCGGUAGAAAUCCGUUUCAUUUAUAGGCCUAAUAAGACUGUGUAUACGACAAUAUUUAUGACAUGGCUUGUAUUUUUUAACAAUCCUUU